CACAUUCAAACUAUUAAUGUCAACUAACAUAAAGACUUAUGUUCAAUCUGGAUUAACAGAAGGAACUAGAAAAAAGAAGUUGUAAAAUACAAAACAGAAUAUAUAACACACAGACACAACAUCACAUAUUAAGUUGUCACAAUUCUAAACAAUUUAAUAAACGUAACAUAGAAAAAAACAAUGGAAGAAGUUGAACCCGAGUCAAUGGCUGUCACAGCAGAAGCAGAACAAAUUAGCGUCCCAGAGAUGCCAUCGCUUCAAAUCGACACAGGCAUCAAUGAUGUUGAGCAGACCGAGGCAACAGUAGAGGGCGAAGCUGUUGCACCUACUGGAGAAGGUGAGGACGUGGUGUCCACAACUGAUGCUCAAACAGAUCGCGAGAAGCGUCUUUUGAGACGCGAAGAAAAGCGAAAGGCGCGUGCAAUAUUGGAUAGACAUUAUGCUAAAACUGAGGAGACUGUGACACCGGCAACAUCACAGCAGACCACAAGAUCGCAAACUGACGAGGAUGAGGGUGAUGGUGAUGCUAAAGAUGAUAAUGAUAGUGCAGGUACUGCUAAAGAUGAAGGUGAUGGUGAAGGGGGAGAGGGCGUUGAGCCAUCAUUAUCUGUAGAAGAGACAAAACAAUUAAGUCGUUUGGAAAGUACAUUAAUACUCGAAUCAGACGAUCUGCGAACAGGUGCCUCCUCAUCGGAAGAAGAUGACGACUAUAUGAGAGGACCACAGGGAGUGUCCUUCAAGGAUGAUUUUCUGCAGUACUUCUAUAUGCCCAGCAUGUCGGACUUGAGCACAGAAUCGGAGGAGCAUGUAGAAUCCAGCAUACUAUCACGGCCUGGUAGCGCUGUAGAGGAUGAGCAAGUGGAUAAAGGUAAAUUUGUCAAUCCUCUGACAGGCCUUACCGAAUCAUCCUCAAAAUCGGUGGAGGAAGUGCCAGCUAAAGAAGAAAUUGUGGAAGUCACUUCAUCAUCAUCCACAAGCAGUGAAUUCGAAUGGCCUUUCGACGAUGAUGAGGAAGAGUUCAAACCGCAACCGAUGAUACCCGAUGCUGAAGAUGUUGCGUUGGAAAUGUUUCUUGAUGUUCAUACACCGCUCAGCAAGUCGCGCGAACAAUCGACCACAGCUAUGGAAGCUUUGCGAGUCAUACGCGAGACACGUCAGAUUGCCAUUGAGUUCAUACACAAGAUCAUUGAUCAGGUGGUGGAUACAGCAGAGUAUGUGGAUCCAAUCAAGGAGCUAGUUGCCAAACUGAACAAAUCCAAACUGAUGGCCCAUUUGCAAAAGCUCUAUGGUCAAUUUCUGGUUGCGAAGCAAUUCAACGUUGAUGUGAAUAACAAGAUGUAUGAUUACUAUCGUCGUGUGGGACAAACCCGCUGCUUUGACUCCUUGCCAGCCAAAGUGGAGCAAGUCGAGCACAAACGCUACAUGGACGCCCUAAAGCUGCUGGAUCACUUGAAAAAGAAAACUGAAGAGACGAAACGAACCAACAGCGAAGUCUUAGCCAGUGUCAAAAUGGACAUGGAUUUUGUGAGCAACAUUGCAUUGUCCUCGGUCGAAGCACUUGAGAAUCGUAUGCGCGAGGUCCUGAUACACAAGGAUGCACAGAUAUUGCCACGCAUCGUGGAGAACGAGCUGCGUCGCAUGCAACAAAUGCGUAACGAAGUCAGUGAUAGUCGCUUGUGGCUUAUUACCAGACAGCAUACACUAGGCAGACUGGUUGAGCGCAAGCGUAAAUUCGAUCAAAUUACUGAAGAGUUGACCAUGGAUACGUAUCUGAUGGCGCAACGCGAUGUCACGGCACUAGGCACAAAAGUGGAAGAGCGCAAUUACGAUCUAAAUCGCAUGCGAGAUCGCUGCACGAAGCACAUGCAUCAGUUGGCCUUCAUUCGCGAAAAGACCAGCUUGUCCAUAGCAACAUUGUUGCGCAAAUCCGUGGAGUUAAAUGAGAAACUAAAGAAACGCGAAGGGCUGCGAGAUGUGCUGCUCAAAUUGAAACUCAAGCGUGCGCGUUUGAAGAGCCAACAGUCCGAUCUGCAUGAGAAAUGUGGCAUUCUCCAUAAGCCCGCACUUCUUUAUGACUUCGAUGCUACUGUGGAGUUCAUUGAGACGAAGCGGGAAUCGGUCGCAAAACUGAAACAGACCAUGCAAGAUUUGGAGACACGCAUUGCUGCUUUGGAGUGCAAUUGACUUUUGAUACGACAUACUAUGACUCAACUAGCACACUUUCUUUUCUACACUAAUACAAAUACUAAAGAAAAUUGUUUUUUUUUCACCAGCUGUCAAUUUUAGUAAAUAAACAGCUUCAUUUAGAUAGAAGAUACACAUACCUAUUAAUCGGU